UUGUUUACAUUUGAAUUGCGCUUGAAAUGCCAACUUGUUUUUGUUGUGUUUGCUUUCCACACAGCGUUGCGAACGUUUCGUUUUGCAAAAAAUCGACGCACCGUAAAAUACUUCUUAAAAGGAUUUAAUUUAAACGAGCGUAAUGGCUGAGGCAAAUACUUACACUGGGGAAAGCAUUCCAACGCAGGAUUAUUUGAAAGAGCUGCUCGGCAAAGCAAUCGAACUGGAAGCAAAUGUGGAAGAAAAGCAACGGGAGCGCCAGCUUGCAUCGUCCAAAUUGGAUGCCGUAUGGGCCAAAAUCCACCAAGCUAUCGUAAAGGAAGCCGAACUGAAGCGCAAGCAUGCAACGCAACAGCCACACAAAAACGGCCAUCAUUUGCACGAACAACGAACGGACGUGAAGGGACACUUUGCCGAACAGUUUAGUCAACUGCAACGGCUUAUGGGCAUUUCUGUCUUUUGCAUGCCAGAGCGAAAGCUGGUGGAGAUUACAUAUAACGAUGUUCACAAGACAAAGGUUACACUUGCAUACAGUGAAAAAGGAGUAACGCUUGACGAAAUGUAUCCGGUACAUCCAAACGUAGACGCGCUACGGUCGCAUCUCCACGAAACCGGUGACCUGGUCGGGUUUCUUUCUGUGCUGCGAAGAAAGCUAACGUUCAAAGACAUCUGAGGAGUAGCUGUUACAAAAUAAAUAGUUUUAUUCAA